AUGAAGUUCCUGAGCGUCGUUGAGGGUUUGUCAGAGCCGCGUUUCGAGGCAGCCUUUGAACUGCUGAACCAGAGCGACACCUUCCACGUCGUGGAGGAUGUAGCCUUUCGUAUGCAGGCGCUCAUGCCGCCAAGGCCCGAAGAUCCGGUGACCUUGUUCCGGCACGAGGACCUUCUGGAUUGGGGAGUCUUCUCGGUAACGUUCUUGGUUCUCGUGUUGUUUGACAAUCUGGUGCUCUUUGGAAGAUAUGGAGGCAACAUGAGCUUCUCAAAAGCGCUGGCCUACUCCGUCUUUUGGCUGCUCUGCGCGGGCGGCUUCAACGGCUACAUCUUCUGGUCGCGGGGUGCAGAAGCAGCCUUCGACUGGGGCACCGGGUACAUGCUGGAGUGGAUGCUCUCGGUGGACAACUUGUUUGUUUUCAGGAGUAUCUUCGUCAUCUUCCACACUCCGAACAGCCACAAGCACAAGCCCUUGUUCUGGGGCAUCUGUGGUGCCAUUGUGUUCCGCAUGAUCUUCUUCGUAGUGGGCGAGGUCAUGAUGCACGCGUUCUGGGUUACCCACUUCUUCUUGGGCUUCUUUCUGAUGUACACGGGCUACAAGAUCCUUGGCGUUGAAGAGGACGAUGAGGAUGUUCCCAACCAGAAUCCUGUCUUCUUGUGGAUCAUCAAAAAACUCAAGCUCAUUGACGCUUACUCACCUGAGCCUCGCUUCAUCGUAAAAGCGGCGAUCGACGCCAAGACGGAGGAGCCCGUCCUGCCCGACUGGACCCCGCAGAUGUUACCCAAGGACCACGAUCCCAAGGCGUCUGAUCCCACAGAGGGGCGCGAGUUGGUCUUCAGGACAUACGCCACACGCUUGAUGCUGGUGGUGCUCUGCCUCGAGUUGACGGACGUAGUCUUCGCGGUGGACUCCAUUUCGGCCAUUGUCGCGCAAAUCCCGGACCUCUUCCUGGCCUACAGCGCCUGUGUCUUUGCAAUGCUAGGCCUGCGAGCAACCUUCUUUGCUGUGGAUGAGCUGGUGAAGCUCUUCACGCUCCUGCCCUAUGCUGUGUCCGUCAUCUUAGUCUUCAUCGGGGCCAAGUUGGUACUGCGGGGCGUGAUCCACAUCCCUGCACAGGUCGUGUGCAUCACUCUGUUUGCAGUGCUGGCCAUCAGUAUCGUUGCCUCAGUCAUCUAUGAGCGUUUCCGCCCGAAGGAGUGGUGUGCCCACAUCGUGUCUCUGCAGUGCUGCUGGUACUGA